GUGCGACAAGGGGAGGGGGGAUGCGGGAGGGGGCCCUGAGCAGCUGACGUGGGCUGGGGUCGGUGCGGCUGGCUGUGGGAGGCGGCGGCGCGCAGCCACACUGUGUCCCCAGCGAGGACGAGCGAGCGCCGCGCCCGCACCUCCCCGCACUGCGCGCGCCUUGCGCUCGGUGGAGAGGCCGCCGUCGCGAAGUCGAGUCGCAUCCUCUCCAGCUCUUGCUGCUCCUGGAGCCGCCAUGGCCCCGACCCUCUGGCUGCGCGUCAGCCACAUCCUCCGGCUCGCCUGUCUCCUGCACUUGGCCCCAGCUGUGGUGGCCGCAGGCCUGUAUGAACUUCACCUCGUCACCGAUAGCCCUGCCACCACGGGGGCAGAGGUGAACAUCACGGCGAGCCUAGUGGCCAGCGACAACGGCACCCUGGCUCUGCCCACCGACCCGCACUCCUACCGCUUCCACUGGGUCCACAGCCCGCUGCUGCUCAAGGGGAAGACGGAGGAGGCGUUCAGAUCCACCAUCCGCGCCGUGGGCAACGUGCCUGGGGACUUCCCCAUCUCCGUGUGGGUCACCUCCGCCGACUGCCAGAUGUGCCAGCCGGUGGCGAGGAGCCGCCUCGUCCUCUCCAUCACAGAGAACAUCGUGGGGAAGCUCGUCAUCACGCAGAACGCGUCCCUGCCCUGGCCCAGCACCUAUUUCACCAAGACACUCCUUAAAACUUCCUUCCUCCUCCACGACCCAAGCAACUUCUUCAAGACCGCCUCCUUUCUCUACAGCUGGGACUUCGGAGACGGCACCCAGAUGGUGACGGAAGACUCUACUGUCUAUUAUAACCGUUCGAUCAUGGGGACCUUCACCGUGAAGCUCAAAGUGGUGGCGGAGUGGGAACAGGCUGCCGGGAAGGGCAUCGUGCAGAAGACGGGGCACUUCUCGGGCUCGCUGAAGCUGCAGGAAACCCUUCGAGGCAUCCAGGUCAUGGGGCCCACUGAAAUUCAGGCCUUCCAGGAGAUGACAGUGACCUUGAACUUCCUGGGGAGCCCCCCUCUGACCAUGUGCUGGCGCAUCAAGUCCGAGUGCCUCCCGCUGGAGGAACACGAGUGUCGCCCGGUGUCCGUGGCCAGCACAGUUUACAACGUGACCACCAUCAUCAUGGACCCUGGGGACUACUGCUUCAGCAUCCGGGCCGAGAAUGUCAUCAGCAAGACACAUCAGUACCACAGGGUCCAGGUGUGGCCCUCCAGAAUCCAGCCAGCUGUCUUUGCUUUCCCCUGUGCCACAAUUAUCACCAUGAUGCUGGCCUUUAUCAUGUACAUGAUCCUGAGGAAUACUACUCAGCAGAAGGACAUGGUGGAGGUGGCUGAUUUUGACUUUCCCCCCAUGUCUGACAAGAACCCAGAGCCACCCACUGAGGCCAAGUGCUGCCAGAUGUGCUGCGUGCCCUUCCUGCUGGAGACCCCGUCUGAGUACCUGGAGGUCGUCCGUGAGAACCACGGGCUGCUGCCACCCCUCUAUAAGCCUGUCAAAACUUACACGGUGUGAGCACUCCCCACCCAGCCUCCGCUUUAACUAACUGCCAACUCCACGCUUUCGGCAGGUGGUGCAUGCCACCCAGCAGGAGGGGUUCAUGUGUGCGGAGCCAUCUGCCCUGGCCAGCUGUCCAUCUGUACAGUCCAGCUGCUGCCACAAGCCCCCUCAGUCACCAUCCCCCAGCCAUCUGCCCAUCUGUCAACCCAGCCACCGCUGUAAGCCCCUCUCAAGUCAGCCCCACCCCCUCACCUUUGAAAAGGCUGGGUACCUCCUCUCUCCAGGUGUGCUUGGCUGUCCCUACCUGAUCCUCCCAUGUUGGCAUGUCUGCUGGCCACGUGUGGUUUGAGCUUUCCUCCCCCAAGCACCCCUGUCUGGGUCAGAGACCUAGGAGAAAGGUCACAAACGAUUAGGAAUACAUCACAAAAGGUCAUGCAUAGAGACAAGCACGUGCGUGUGCGCACACACACACACACGCGCGCACACACACACACACACAGGUCACACAUAUCUCAGGUGAUCUUCGUAUUCAAUCAGUUGCUGGGAUGUACCCUGAAUUAGAACCAAGAUGAAAUCUGACCUCCACUUGGCCCCAAUAGCUCCUGGGCCUGGUCCGUCCCUUUGUGAGUGGUUUCUGCAGCUACCUGGUCCCAUUCGAAGGAUGCCGCGUCCCCUGCCUGCUUACCGAGGGCUGGGAAGGGGCAGGGCUAAUACUGGGUGAGUGGGAAGUGCUUCAGAAAAGCACUUUCUUUUGCUGAGAUCCUGUUAACGCCCAUUGAGGAAAAGGCCUUGAAACAAAAGAGAAGUCGAGUGGGUGGGGACUUGGGAUCCCUGGAGGGGAAGGCGGUGUUGCCGCCCAGAUGCCCCCAGAGGGGCCUUGAGAAGGAAAAGGCAGGACUGGACACCAAGCCCCGGCCUCUCCCCUGCAGCCCGGUGGCUGGGGCCGGCAGAGAAGAGGGAGGGAGCAGGUGAUGGGUGCAGAGGAGAGUCACGAGGCCCCAGCCCACCGUGCAGGGGUGCCAGGAGCAACCUGGGCCUGUUUGGCGGGGGGAGGGCAGGGCGUGGGGGCCGGGCUCUGUUGCUGUAAUUGUUUGCUCUCAGACUUUGCACAGAAAACACAGUCGUGCAGCUCAUCCUCAUGAAACACUGCCAUUGUUGCUGAAUAAAGCUCGUGUGCUGUGAGUAUAACCA